GUAAUCUCUUUGAAACUCCAGCCAUAAAUACCCCUUCUCACGUACCUGAUUGGAGACUGAAAUGACGAGGUCGGCCUCACUUGUGUCACUAGCCCUGACCCCACUGGAAGUGGAACAGAGGGUGUCUAGGGACCAGGGGGACAAGAUCGCCAGCAGAUGUUUGCAGCUCUUGCAGCUGGAGACUUUUCCAAACUCUUCCAGACUGAUGAACCUCCGAUUCAGGAACAGUAGUGAUAUGCAGAGCUGGUAUGGUAGGUCACCAGGUGUGCACCAGAGCAAGGCAGGGAUCUGAAAUGGGAGACAGGAGCAAUGUCAUCGGAAUAGCCGGGGUCA